AUGCGCCCCCUCACAGAAGAAGAGACCAAGACUCUCUUUGAGAAGCUUGCCCAUUAUGUCGGAUCAUCUCUGAAAAACAUCAUCGCGCCCCUCGACAACUCUCCCAAGGCCGAUCGCUAUGUCUUCCGAAUCUCAGGCUCUAGAAUCUACUACGUGAAACUCUCAUUAGCCAACCUUGCCGUUUCCGUACCCCGAGACACCCUCCUAUCACUUGGAAUUUGCAUGGGCAAAUUCACCAAGACCGGCAAAGUCCGCCUGCACAUCACCGCCCUUCCCAUCCUCGCCGAGCACGCCCGCUACAAGCUGCACAUCCGACCAAACGGCGUCAUGCCCUUCCUCUACGGCUCAAACCUGUCGCGCGCGCAUCUUGCCCGUCUUCCUCAAGACAUCCCUGAACAUUCCGGCGUCAUCGUUUGCACACAAGAUGAUGUCCCUAUCGGGUUUGGAAUCAUGGCCCGCAGCUCGGCGGAGGCGAACCGGUUGGACCCGACGGGCGUUGUUUGUUUCAGACAGGCGGACUGCGGGGAGUACCUCCGUGAUGAGGAUACGUUGUUUGCGGGCUAA